AAUAUUUGAAGGUGGAAGAAAAAAUCAGCGUCACAUUAGAAGGACCGUCAAAUUCCGCUGACUGCCAUCGCGCGUCGAGGAUAACGAUUACUGUGAUUUACAACACGUCCUGUAUCGUCGUUGGGCCUCAAACAGAUAGUGGAUACGUGGUUUUUGGCUAGCAGUCUGACAAACCGGUCGACGGUUAUCGCGAUAUGAUUUACGAUAAUAAUUCUCAUCCAUGACAUAAGAGGUCUCGGGGACAAGACGUAUUGUUAUAAUUUAUUAUUAUCAAAUGGUUACAUUUUUUUAACGCCACAGCACAAUUUACCGUCUACGUACGAAUCAUUUAUCGUACUAUAUAUUAUAUUGCUGCUGCAGCGACGAUGAAGACGAUCUGUUGUGGAGUAACCAUGUUGAGUAACGGCAGUCGCGGACGACCGUGUGCCAAACACAACUGACGUUUUCCGAUGAAGUGUUCCACGAAUGUGAACAAAUGCAGGCGAAAACGAAUGCUUUCACGGAAAAUUGAUGCCGCCCAUUUAACGCUAUAGCCCAAUAUAUCCUAUCGUGACGGGUCGCGUAACAGGUACGCAAAGUGUUUCAUGUCUCCGUGAGACCGGAUGACGAUAGUCGACUUGUGAUCGUCCGGAACUCGUAGCCGGAUGUGGCGCUGCGAUAUGGUAGUCGAGACGGAAACCAGCAAGCAAACAUUCUUUGUAAAAUGUUGAUUCCGAGCCGUUUGAAUGCUGACAAGGCUCAAUCAUGCCGAUCGAUGAGAUACGCGAUCACCACCUAAGCAGCCCGGAACUUAUCUGUGGACGCGAGAAGUGAACUAGAAAAAAAAAUUAAACACGCGACUCGUGACUUGACUUAACUAUUCUUCAAACAUUUGAUUUAUAUUUUAGUGAUAGUCUAUCACCAUUAUUCCACUAACAAAGUAUGCCAUUUGUGUGCAAGGCGAGUUGGGAGUCCGAAUCGAUUUAAAUUUUUUCAUUUGAUUUAUGUAACCAAUCGUUAAAAAUGCGAAAUUCUGUGGCAUUUUGGUUUUAUCUUGUGGCGUCAUCGUUUAAAACGUCGGCGGAAUACGAUGGCUUGAUAAACGCACUGACCAGAGUGUUUAUUCAAAAACACGUACUAACUGUAACUGCUAUCACGUGCUGGCCUAAAGACGCAAACAGCCGACUACUUUUGGCACUGUCGUCGGCUGACAUAUCAGUGAAUUUCCGUCCGUCCAUGAUUCCAGUGCACGAAACUUGGUAUAGAUAUGGAAUUCUGGUUGAUGUGUCUUGUGUUCAGGUUACAACCACUUUGUUUCAAAAGGCUUCGAAACACAGACUUUUUAACAUGCAAAAUGAUUGGAUACUAAUUAACUCACAGCGAAACGAAAGUCACUUGCAGGACACAUCGAAGAUCGCGUUCGAGACGUUUGAAAUGCAUUUGAGCGAAGCAUACGUUCUACCGGAAUCCAAUGUGUUCCUUUUUGUCGACAUCGCCGAUGGAUGGGAAAUAUGGGAAGGUUUCAAAGUCGGUAAAAUGGAAAGAAUCCAAAUCAACAGAUAUGGGCUGGUGACAACCGACAAACUUAAUCUUCAAAAAAAUUACUCCAUCUUGUUCAGGUCAAACCUACGAGGUAUCACAUUGAAGGCAACUACUGUGAUCUCAGAACCAAACAAAUUCAAAGGGUUUUAUCCAUUUGCUGACACCGAUCUAGAUAUAUUCGCUCAGAUGCAUUACGAUUUGAACAUGAUUCUACAGGAUCAACUAAACUUUAAGAUAGAUUUAGGUAUCGUCGAUAGUUUUGGCUGGAAUUUGGGAAACGGAUCGUUUAGUGGGCUGACGGGUCUACUACAGAGAGAAGAAAUUGAUUUUGGCGGCAUCGGUUCAUUUAUAAGAAAUGAUCGAAUGAAUGCAAUCGACUAUACCGUAGGGACUUUCUAUAGACAACCGGCGGCGUUGUUCAAACAACCACCACUAUCUAGUGUCCACAAUAUUUGCAUUCUACCGUUUAAGUUUGAAGUGUGGAUGGUGACGCUUUUCACAUUUAUCGGAUUCACGAUACUCAUCGCGUUCUUAUCCCGGACAACACGAAGGUUCAAGAAGGACGAAAAAGAGUCGUUAAACGUUUUGGACUCGGUUACGAUCGUGCACGGAGCAAUUUGCCAACAAGGGUACACAAUGAAUCUGAACGCAGGGUCCAUACGAGUUGCCAUUUUCGUGUUGUUUUUGACUGCGGUAUUUCUGUUCACGUCGUACUCGGCCAGUAUCGUUGCAUUACUCCAGUCACCCAGCAAUUCGAUAAAAACCAUUAACGAUUUGGUGGAAUCGUCGAUGACGUUUAGCGCACAAGUCACUCCGUACAGUCGUGUAUAUUUCGACGAGACGGACGACCCAUUAUUACGAAAACUUUAUGAUAAAAAAAUGAAAUCUCACGAAAAGGAUAUGUAUACAGAAGCUAGCACAGGAAUAGCUAGAAUUCGAACAGAGUUCCAUGGAUUUUUGAUUGAAGUUGUAUCGGCGUACAAAUUAAUUAGUCAAUUAUGGCGAGAAGAAGAAAAAUGUGGUAUAUCGGAGAUUCAACUUUUCAAAUUGCCAAUACUUGCAUUAGCGGUCGUUAAAAGAUCUGGGUAUAAAGAUAUUUUAAAACAAAAAUUGAUACAACAACAAGAGGUUGGACUUAAAAAUCGAAUCAUAAGACGAUGGAUCCCUGCCAAGCCUAUGUGUGAUUCUUCAAACCGAGCCAAUCAGUUUGUCAGCGUUUCUAUAAAAGAAAUAUAUCCCAUGCUUCAGAUAUAUGGGUUUGGAUUAUGUAUUUCGAUCAUAAUUUUGUUUUUUGAAAUUACAUACCACACUUACACUUGUUAUAGCCAAAAUCUGCACACCGAAUCAUAUUUAGGUGUGUUUCGUUUUUUGUACAAUAAAGUGUCGAAUAAUCGAUUAUUCAACUUGCAAAACGACUGGUUUUUGUUUAACCAAAAAAUAGUUUUGAAUACAAAUGAUACCUUGAAGAUUGCUUCGGUUGUUUUUGAAACAUACUUGGGAAAAUCCUACGUAUUACCGGAUUCUGGUGUGUUUUUGUUUCAAGAAAUUGGAAAUAAUGAUUGGGAGAUUUGGAGUGGUUUUCGAGCAAGUAAAUUAGAUGCGAUUCGAGUUUUUAAAACAGGUUUGGUAUCAAAAUAUCAUAUAGAAAUCAACGACUCGAUUAGACUAAGAACAAAUUUUCGGGGAACUAAUCUAAAAGCGACUACUGUGUUUAUGUAUAAAUAUAAAAUAUACUUAUACUAUAAACAUUUACUUAGUUUUUGUUAUUUCUUGCAGAUUUUCAAUCCAUCUGAAUUUGUCGGUUUCAAUCAGACAACAACUUCUGGCUUAGAUGUAUACACUUACAUGCAUUAUCCAAUGAUUCAACUUUUAGCUUACCAACUAAACUUCAAUUAUACCUUGACUAUAACUGACGAUCAUGGUUGGUCAUACGGCAAUGGUUCUUUUUUUGGUUUAACUGGCAUUUUGCAAAGAGAAGAAAGUGAUUUUGGCGCUGCUGGAUCGCUGAUGAGACUCGAUAGAAUGACAGCAGUUGAUUUUACAGUUGGAACAGUUUCUUUAGAAAGCAAUAUAUUAUUCAAGCAACCAAUGUUAUCUAGUGUCACUAAUAUCCAUAUCGAACCAUUUAAGUAUGAAGUAUGGCAAGUCACCUUAGUCAUGCUUAUGGGAUUCGUUUUGAUUCUUCUGUUUUUAAAUAAAUUCAAAGCCAAUCGUAGAACAUCAUUAAAUGUGUUGGAAAUUAUAGGACUAGUGCAUGGUGCUAUUUGCCAACAAGGUUCUACAAUUGUCUUAGUUUUGAAUUCUAUAAAAAUUGUAGUUUUUGUACUAUUUUCAACUACUUUUUUCCUAUUCAAUGCAUACUCAGCUUCAAUUGUGAGUCUGUUACAGUCAACGAGCUCAUCAAUAAAUAACGUAAAAGAUCUCCUCCACGAAAAAUCUAUGACAAUGAGUAUACAGAUUGCCACAUACGCAAAACCUUAUUUUAACGAAACAACUAAUGAAAUAUUGAGAAAACUAUAUGACGUGAAAAUAAAACCAUACGAUGAAAAUAACUCAUUCACAGAUGCAUCUAGGGGAAUUGAAAGGAUUCGCACAGAAUUCCAUGGAUUUAUGGUUGAAAAAACGUCAGCUUAUCAAAUUAUUAAUAGAAAAUGGAGAGAAGAAGAAAAAUGUGGAUUAUAUGAAAUUCAGCUGUUCAAACUACCUGUUCUAGCUAUACCGGUGGUUAAAAAAUCUGGUUACAAAGAUGUAUUUAAACAAAAGUUGAUACAACAACAUGAAGUUGGGAUUAAAAAACGAUUAAUUCAAAGAUGGACACCAAAAAAACCAACAUGUGACUCAGCGAAAAAAAAUAGGAAUUAUGUCAGUGUAUCUAUCAAAGAAAUACUUCCAACAAUAAUAUUGUUUGGUUAUGGGUUGUUAAUUUCCUUGACGGUGUUAGUAUUGGAACUUGCGUAUUAUUAUGGUAUGCACUACUUUAUGAAGAGAUUUAAAAAAAUCAAAAAAUAA